AUGAUUUCAAAAGUGCUCAAAAGAAAAAGAAUUAUUGAUUUUAAGUUACUCUGCCCCGGGUAUAUGUGCAUUACCACGAAAGUGGAUGGAUGCACUACCGUAAAGGUAGAGGUGGAUACACUACCACAGAGGUGA